GCCGUGUCUUGCUAUGCUGUACUAUUCUUUACUUUUCUCUCUCUUUCUCUCUCUCUCUCUCUCUCUCUCUCUCUCUCUUUCUCUCUCUUGCACUCUCCUAGCACGACCGAGGAUACCUCUUCUAUGCGUUCCUUUCCUCGAAUACGGACUCGAAUAAAAGAGUCUACUAGCUUCGAGUACCGUAAAUCUAUACACACACACACACACACAUACACACACACAUAUAUAUAUAUAUUUGUUAUUGCUAAAAUCGACCUUUGUGAUGACUUGUAACUAACAAUAUUUGUGCAUGAUUUCUUAGUAAAAGUAAAUAAUAAACAGAUCAUCUUUAUACGUAUACGUUAUUUGUUAUUUUCGGAUAUUACUUUUGUCCAUUAUCGUACGUUUAGAUCACUAAUAAUAUUCGUAUAACUAAUAAUAUUCGUGCAAUUUCUUUUAACAGACAAAUUACAGAGAGAAAAGAGAGAGAGAGAGAGAGAGAGAGAGAGAGAGAGAGACAUCCAUACGUAGUUUUAACAUGGUCACCGAAGAAGCGGAUCUAAUUACUGUGUCGAAGCCAGAGAAAAAAUCAUUAUUGGAAAAAUAUGAAAUACCAUUGGAGAAUCUAUCGUACGAAUAUAUCACAGAAUGUACAAAUGGCAAGACUUUGGAACGUAUCGUCAUAAUACUUAGAUCCGGGGAGGAAGGUAUCUAUCCAGAUUUAACGAGACAUGCGGAAGAACGUUUGGCGAUAAUAAAACCGAACAGUACAGUCUUACGAAAGAUUUUACCAGUUCUCACACGUAAAAUGUUGCUACCAGACGAAUGCAAGGAACUUGAUAAUGAUAUUAACGAUUGGACUCGUGAAAUGCAUUGUCGAGAGAAGGAUUUGAAUGAUGGGAAAACAUCUCUCCUGGAUGAUCCUUCACUUAUCCCAGAAAUUAGACAUACCGAAGAGAUUUCUACGAUGAAAAAAGAUAACAAAGAAAAAUGUGACAUCGAUCGAAAAUCCAAACGAAUAGCAUCUUGCGAUUAUGCUGCUUGGGACAAGUACGACGUUGACACUGAAAUAAAUAGGAUAGAUUUGCAAGAUGAGAGAAAACAGAUCGAAGCUAAGGAGAUCCAACGAAGACAGAAAAAUAUGGAAAAGAAAAGGAAAGAAAAUUCUAAAGAAAUCAUUCUGAACAAAUCUUCGUUUACUGGUACAGAAAUAGACGUGAUCGCUGAGCAAGAAAGAAAAAAGGGAAAUGAAGCUUUCAGAAUUGGUGAUUAUGUCGAUGCAUUACGAUUUUAUGACUCCAGUAUCGCGAUAAAUUCAUGCCCAAUCGCUUAUAAUAAUCGAGCUAUGACACUCAUUAAGUUACAGCGUUACGAAGAUGCACUCAAUGAUUGCAAUAUUGUGCUUUCUGAGGAUGACAAGAAUAUCAAAGCACUUCUUCGACGUGCAUUGUGUCUCGAAAAUCUGGAUAAAAAACAAAAAGCUCUAACCGAUUACGAGACAAUCUUAAAACUGGAACCGACAAACAGGACGGCCAUUGCUGGAAUUAAUAAAUUAAGAAAACCUUGCGAAUCUAAAAAAGUGAGAAUGAAAAUUGAAGAGGAAACGUCUUCGAAUGAAAUUUCGAAGAUCGUCGGAGGUGAGGGUGAUACUGAAAAAAUAAAUAUUAUUAAAAAGUGUCUUUCAAAGUCAUCCAAUAAAAAGAUGGAAAAUGUUAUUGAAAAUAAUAUAUGUAUUUGUGAAAGAGGACCAGGACCGUCUCAUAGUAACAAGCCUUUACCACAUAUCAAAGAAAAUUAUUGUCUUCGAAGUGAAAGUAAACAGAUAUUAUCAAAUUGCAAUGAAAUUAAUCUUGGAUUAACGAAUAUUAAUUUAUCUUCUUCUAACAAUGCUACGUCAAACGAAUUAACUUCCAUUUUAAUUGGCCAAGAAUCGAAAUUUAUAAAACAUAAUAAACAAAAAUCAAUUUUUUCUUGUAAAACGAGAAGUACAUCUGGAGUUGUCAUAGAGGAGAUCCCAAAUGAUCAAUCAUAUACGAAAAAAAUUAAAUCUAUCGAUAGAAAGGAUAAUGAAGAAAUAAAAAAUAAUCAUAAUACAAUAAAUGGAAAUAAAUAUAAUUCGUUAGAGAAAAAAAAUGAGAUCAAAAGAAAAUACAACGAUGAUGAAUCAUGUCAGAAGAAAGAUAAAACUUUUAUGAAUUUGGAAAAUAUAUCAAGCCCGUACGAAUUUCUACGUGCAUGGCAAUCUUUAAAAGAUGAUAAUGAUUUAAAAAUACAUGCUCGACUAUUACGAACUUUAAAAUUCGAAAAUCUCAGUACAGUUAUAGGUAACAAACUCGAUGGAAAUAUGUUCAGUUUGAUAUUACGUUGUUUAGAACAACAUUUUUGUAAAUCCGAAGAUUGUGAACUACUUGUUCGUUAUUUAAAAUCAAUUAGUCAAUUAAGUCGAUUUUCUAUUGUAAAAAUGUUUAUGGAUAAUAAUGAUAAGAAAGCUUUAUCAAAUAUAUUCCAAUUUUUAAAGGAUCAAGGAUCUAAGGAAGUUUUAGUCUUACGUGAAGUUUAUAUUUAAAACUAUGUAAAUCAUAUUUAAUAUUAAAUUAAAUUAAACAUUUUAAAAUUGAUAAAGAAACGAAUUUGUAUUUUCUUUUUUUCUUUUUUUUUUUUUAAUCAUCCAUUAUCGAACAUUAUUGUUUUUUUUUUUUACGCAUCGUUUCUAUUAUUACAUAAACCCCUUGUAAUAAAUUUUCUAUGUAUACUUAUUUACUAUGUAAAUGCAUUAGAUGCUUCUACUUUGGCUAAUUUCGUUCAAAGCGACAAUAAUAAAAAAAACGGCCUGUCUAAUGAUAGAAAAAAAGAAAUUAUCAAUCAUUUUUCUAAUCGUUCAUAGAUAACUCGAUGACGUAAUAAACGUAACGUUUGAAUAAUAUUAAAAAAAAAAUAAUAAAGAUAAUACAUUAACACGAAAAAAAAAAGAAAGGUCAGGUCCAUUAUCGUAUGAAUAUUGAAAUAAAUAUAAUUAAUACUGAAUACGUUAAAUAUAUGACAUUUUACAAAAGAAGAAAAAAAAAACAAAAUUAAUGAUAAUAGAACGAAUAAAAGAUUUGUUAACGAAUAAAAGAUAUUACGAAUAUCUCGAACGCUAUACAAUAUCGAAUAGAAAAUG